AUGUUUCAGGAUUUCUCUGACCCGAGAGACAUGGCCAAACAGCCGGCCAGCGCUCCUACCGGCUACAUCCCGGUGCCGCAGCCCGACGGAGCUGCCGGACUUACAACAAACAAACCGGACAACGCGGCUGUGUGCCCGCCGCACGCGUCUCACCAUCACCCAGCGCCUCAGCCACCUCCGCCGUGCAACGAGAGCAAAACUUUUUGUCCCACGGAAAAUAAACCGGGAGAACUGGACACCAGUAAAGCGUAUGGGACGUUUAAAAGCAACGCUCCUACGGUCCCUGGAUCAAUGGCCGUUAACUCGGCCUUCCGGAAGGAUUCCGCCGGUUCUGCCCGCGGGGGGUCCGCCCAGUACGGCGACCCGCUCCUGUCCACCGCAGAGCAGAACAACACCGCGAGCAACUGGACGGCUAUGAGCCAGACCACCAUCAUACUGGGAACAGAUGGGAACACGUCUGUUCAGCCCGGCACCGUGACGGGGGCAGACGAUGAUGAUGAAGAGGGAGAUGAGAAUAAGGCCAGAGGAAACUGGUCCAACAAACUGGAUUUUAUUCUGUCUAUGGUUGGCUAUGCGGUGGGACUGGGGAACGUGUGGAGGUUCCCUUAUCUUGCCUUCCAAAAUGGUGGAGGAGCUUUUCUAAUCCCCUACCUGACAAUGUUGGGCAUUGCCGGGAUCCCAAUCUUUCUGCUGGAGGUGUCCCUUGGCCAGUUUGCCAGCCAGGGGCCCGUGUCAGUGUGGAAAUGCAUCCCAGCUCUGCAAGGUUGCGGGAUUGCCAUGUUGAUAAUAUCUGUCUUGAUAGCCAUAUACUAUAAUAUUAUAAUGUGCUGGACACUGUACUACCUGUUCGCUUCGUUGAAGGGCUCACUGCCAUGGGCUAACUGUAGGAAUGAGUGGAACACGGUGGAAUGUAAGGACAAAGACAUGCUGCUGUUAGACUCGUGCAUCCUGCGGGACAGAAACAUCACCUCCAUCAAGAACUCCACAUUCUGUCUGUCCGCCAACACUGUGGGAAACCUGACGAAACUGUUAAACAUGACUGUGGAUGGCAACAAAACCUACGUCAGCCCCAGUGAGGAGUACUUCAAGUACAAUGUGUUGCACAUCUCCAAAGGAAUUGAAUAUCCAGGAGAUAUCCGCUGGCCUCUGGCAGGCUGUCUGCUCCUGGCCUGGCUCAUCGUCUACGCCUCUUUAGCCAAAGGAAUCAAGUCAUCCGGAAAGGUGGUGUAUUUCACAGCCACAUUUCCAUAUGUGGUGCUCGUCAUCCUGCUGAUCAGAGGAGUGACCCUCCCCGGUGCCUUCGACGGCAUCCUCUACUUUAUCACACCGAAGUGGGAGAAACUGAAUGAUGCAAAGGUGUGGAAAGACGCAGCCACUCAGAUCUUCUUUUCUCUGUCGGCUGCUUGGGGAGGCCUCAUUACUCUGUCUUCCUACAAUAAGUUCCACAAUAACUGCUACAGGGAUACUAUUAUUGUGACAUGUACAAACAGUGCCACCAGCAUAUUUGCUGGCUUUGUCAUCUUCUCGGUCAUUGGUUUCAUGGCACAUGAGUUGAAAGUGCCAAUAGAGAAGGUGGCCGAUGAAGGUCCAGGCAUAGCGUUUGUGGUGUAUCCAGAGGCUCUGACCAGACUUCCCCUGUCUCCUUUCUGGGCGAUCAUCUUCUUCCUCAUGCUUCUGACUCUCGGCCUAGAUACUAUGUUUGCCACCAUUGAGACCAUCGUAACCUCUGUGUCAGACGAGUUCCCCAAAUAUUUGAGGAAGCACAAACCGAUCUUCACCCUAGUCUGUUGCGCCUGCUUCUUCAUCCUGGGAUUUCCCAUGAUCACAGAGAGUGGGAUGUUCAUGCUGCAGUUGGUGGACACGUUCGCAGCCUCCUACUCUUUGGUCAUCAUUGCUAUCUUUGAGCUGGUGGGGAUUUCCUACCUCUAUGGUCUGCAGAGGUUUUGCGAGGACAUUGAAAUGAUGAUUGGUUUCCAGCCAAACCGAUUCUGGAGACUCUGCUGGGCUUUUGUGACUCCAACAAUUCUAACAGGUAUCCUGGGACUGAGUCUGUACCAGUGGAAAGUGAUGACAUAUGAGGACUACACCUACCCUACCUGGUCCAUGGUUAUGGGCUGGCUCAUGGUCAUUUGCUCUGUCAUCUGGAUCCCCAUCAUGUUCGUCAUUAAAAUGCACCUUGCCCCCGGCACCUUCAUCGAGCGUCUGAAGCUGGUCUGCUCCCCUCAGCCUGACUGGGGUCCUUUCCUGAUGAAACACCGUGGAGAACGCUACAAGAACAUGAUGGACCCUCUGGGAACCAACUCCCUGGGCCUCAAGCUGCCCCCCAAGGACUUCCAGCUCGGUUCCUACCAAUAGCGGUCUUCCUGACAGCCUCACACCCACCACCUAAAACCCCUGCAGGGGGCACCGGGAGGGGGGUGACCUCCACCUCUUUUUCUCCCUUUCACCUCUCUCUCUCUUUCUCCUGUCUGUACUUCACCCUCUUUGCUUCCUGUAUUCCUUCUUAUAUCAUGGAUGUGGAAACAGGCUGCCUUUCCUCUUCCUUCUCUUCUUCACCACUUAUUCUCUUCUGUCAGGGAGGAGUGGCUGCCCAGGUGGAGUCUACUCCUCCGCUGCUGCUUUGUACUCGGUUAAUGAGCUAUCAUUGCCUCCCACACAUGACCACUGAUUACUCCAGAACCCUUCCCAGGGAUCUUUAUUCCAAGAGAAAAAUUGUGUCAUUAAAUGACACAGCUCAGACUGCACUUGCAAUAUUAGACUCUCUGUAGCUGCUCCCUAUGGAGUUGUGUGUGUAUGUUUGUGUGUUUGUGUGUGCGUGUCCCAACAUAUUUGUGUGUAGAGAUAAUGAAUCAUCUUGGUGCAAGCAGACACAGGGAAACAAAAAGAAAAUUGAGCGACAGAGAAACAACGGUUCAACAAGCUCGACGGGGAUCUGUGUUUUGUUCCAUCUGUGUACAAAAUUCCAUCGGCAGUACAAAUAAUAUUAACUGCCUCAAGGAAAAAAAAAAAAAGAAAAAGAAACACAGUAUGCACUGUUAUCACAUUUCGUUGCUAUCCAGCACUAUAGAUGUAUAUUCACAAUAGCUAUUGCUCAGUUGCUCUUGCUUUGUUAAAAAUAGAUUACAAGAUCUGCAAUUUGUGCCUCCUACGUCCCAGUAGAGUAGCGAAUGCAUCCUGAUUACCACUUUAAGUAGAUACAGUUUGGCCUGGAUGACUCUGCAGUAUGAUAGAAGCUUGGGUCUUUUUUUCUCUGUGAAUCUGAGGGACCCUUUGUGAUACCCUCUCUCUUUGUCUAUUUAUUAAGUCGUAUUCCUGUUCUCCUCUAUUGUAUUAUCCUAGAAUGUAAAGAGGCACAUUCUUAAUGUAGGAAACCACUAGAGUAGUCUGUCCUUCCUUCAGUAGCUGAUAACAUGGCCAUUUAACCUUUUUAGGUCACUCUGUGCAUAUAUUUUAGACAGUGUAUUUAUCGCUUUAUGUGUUGUAUGUGAACUUGUCAAACCAUCUGUGAAAACCAUCUUUACAAUGUAAAUCACAUCAGUAUGAAAUAUAUCAAGAUAUAUAUCAUAUAUAUAUAUAUAAAUAUAUAUAUGUAUAUACAUAUAUAUAGCCUCCAGCAGAGGAGAGAGCUAACAAGACAGAGAUUGAGAAUGUGUGCGUGUGUAUAUGUCUCUCUGAACCCCAUAUUUCUCUUGCUAGCGGUGUAAUAUCUUGUACAAAGUGUACACUUCUUUAAAAAAAUCUUCCAGUAGUAAGUGUGUGUGUUGUCGUGGCCUCAUAAUGUUAGGAGCAGCUGCUGUGUGUGAGUAGAGGAAGAUUAGAGUAGAAAAUCGCCUCCUUCUUUCCUGGAAAGUGUACUUUGUCUCUUGUUGUUUGUGGUAGACCUCCGGAGACCUCUUUGCCAUUUCAAACUUAUGCCUCUUGCUUCUCUGUGUGUCCUCGUGAAAACAGGGUCUCAGGUAUACUCAAUUCCAUCAGACUACUCCAGUAGUUGUAGGAAUAAUAGCAUUCAGUGCAUAGGAAACAGAUAUUAGAGCCAUCCUAAUGAUAAACUAUAUUUGAAGCAAUUUUGCAAAGGAUUAGAAUCAAAAUACUUCCUGAUGACCUCAAUGCAGCAUCACUUUCCUUUCUGCUUGUUGUUGCUUAAAUGCACCUUGUGAUGAUUAUACAAGACAUAUGAGUGACUUAAGUGCUUAAUAUAGUAUCGUGCUUUUCGUCAUGUUUAUAACAUAGAUGGAAAACAAUUAGUUAAGAUUAAUUUAAAAAAUAUAUUUUUUUGUAAUCAACUUGAAAUUUAAUUGGCUCUUUGUUGACCGUCAAAACAGUUUUAUUUGCAUAAGCAGAAAAUUAAUCUCUUUCAGUCAAAUGAUAUAAUAUAGAACAUGUUUCCCUUUUACGGUGUGCUGUUCAGACAUCUUCAGCACAAAUGGGCUACUGUGAGAGUGUUUUUCUUAAAAGGCAUAAACAUCAUCUCCAGGUGUAACACCAUAGCAGCCUGAAGGAAGAGUCCAGUGCAGCUCUGCAGACGUCUGACUGGCUAUGCAGCCUCUUUAAAUGUAACAUGACAGGCAGCCAACCUUGACUGUGUGGGCUGUCAACCAGUUACCUACAAAGCAAUUAGUCCUUUCCAUGCUUUGACCAGUUGGAUAUGCAUUUUCAUGGUGACACAAGUCCUAAUUGAUUUUAUUACGCUUUUAACACUGCAGGUAUUGACUUGUUGAGUGGCAUAAGUGUUUUAAAUGGAGGCUGCAAGUAUGGAUAAAUAUGGAACAGUUGCUCAGAGGUGUAAGGGUCUCCCUGACUAUUUCUCUAAGCCAUGUCUUUUCAUAAUCUUGACAUGAAAAUAGCACAGAUAUGAUUUAAGAGGUUGUACGGUUUGAAAACAAAUAUAAUCCAUUAAUUAGCAGUGUUGCUUUUGUUACGACUUAGUGCAUUUAGCUCUAUUUGUUCAAACAAUAUUGAAUGUCUGUAUGCUGGUGUGUGUGUGCUUGUCACUGUAGUUUUACUGAACUCUACUUAAAUGUCAAUCAGAUGUUUGCAUGGAGUGGAUCGCUGAAAGAAGCAGAGGAGAUUGACAAGACUUUUUUUCCCUAGGAUGCCUCAGCCUGAUUUGCCUCUUUCUCUUUUCUAAUGGACGUGAGGAUCUUAGACCACCAAUUUUGAACUUGAGCUGGGUAAAACAAACUAUGGCAACCACUUGCUUGAGAGCAGAGGUUGCCAAAGAAGCAGAUUGGCAUUUCAAAUCAUGAGUAAUCAUAUAAUGUAGUGGACAGUAUGCUUUUAAAGUAGGACUUAAAUGGUAAAAGCCUUUUAUGCCCUGAGAUAGAUUUAGACUUUUUUCAGGGUCACAGCAAAAUAGCUAUACAUUUUGUGUCUCCCUGUUUACAUUUAUACUGGAUUUCUCUGCUUUUGUUUUCAGGAAAAAAAUUGUCUUAGGGUUCAGUUAAAACCACAUUGCUUCAUAAAAUAUAACACUGAAGAGCUUGCAUGUGCAGUUUGUGUUGCUGUAACUCAAUGUCCAUGUAUAGUAAUCUUUGUCCUUUCUCUCUCUCAAUAGUAUAAGUCCGUGCAUGUUUACUUUAGGGAGCUUUUUGUUUUACAUAAAGUUAAGAAACAGAGGGUUGCUGUUGUCCUUCUUACAGAGGAAGAAGAAAAAAACUGAAAAAGUAACUGUCAAUUCGCUUUGCCUGCAAGACAACUUUGGGCAGUAUAGGUAACCAAAGAAAGAGUACUUUAACUAUGGUGAAAACAAACUUUAGAUGAAAAAAGGAAUGUGUCAUCUGCGUAUAGGAGGUUGAGAUACUGCCAUUCAUAUGCCAUGUAGUGUUCCUCGAUGUUUGCCAAUACGUUACAAAACAUCUUCAGGUAACCAUUGGCCUUAUAGAUGUCCUCUAAUGGUAUAAUAUUGUAAUUCAAAAAUAACAUCACAGAAUAGCUUAUCGUCUGUCUCAUAUGGUAUCAGUAUUCCUAUUGUUAUGUCUGUUGUGUCUUUUUUGGCACUUUAUUGUCUGACCUAUGAAUGCAUAGGUUAAAUUUCUAAUUACUUGAGUAAUGUCAUAUAUUUCUGUGUGUUCUAUGUGAGGUACUGCUGCCUAUGGAUAUAGAUAUGUGCCUCCAACAGUCCAUGACAUCUUUUGAUUUGAAAAUAGAGAGUAGAUAUAUAACAAAUAUGUUUUAAAAUUGGUGUGAGAUGUUAAAAAAAUAAGAAAUAGAAAAAAGAAAAUAUAUAUCAUAUAUAUGUGAAAUGCAUUUAUUUAUUUUCAUUGUCACCAAUCUUUGAGGCCCUACCUCAGAUUUUGUAUUUAUGUAUAGAAAUGCAAUUGGAUUAUAGUAUCUUUGCCAAUAAUAAUAUAUCGCUAUUAUAUCAUGAAAUGUAUAACC